AUGGUACUACUGAGGCUUUUUCUAAUCUUCAGCUAUCUAAGCAUAUUUGUGACCCAAGUUGCCGGGCGUAAAGUGCACAGAUGCUUCGUUGCUCGGAAACUGAAAGAGCUGACUGCCUACAAGAGAACCUGGCACCUGAAACAGUUUUUGUGCAUAGUGGACAUGGUCAGCGGCUUCAAUCUCACUCACAACGUGAGAAGACAGAAUGGUCAGCGGACCGUGGGCAUCUUUCAGUUUCCGAGCAAGUGGUACUGCGUGGACAAGGCCAAAGAAGACACGCGAGCGGGCAAGUGUCACCAGCUGUGCUCAGCUUUCCUCGAUGAGGACUUGAAAAACGAUGUGAGAUGUGCCUCGAUCGCUGUGAACCAGUACGGAUUCCGUUUCUGGAAGGGCUGGGAGGAAAACUGUUUGUACAGGGAGCUCGAUCACUAUUUGGAAGGAUGUGCUCUAUGA